CGACGCUUCUUGCCUUCUUUCUUUCUUUCCAAAAAUAUUUAAUAUGAUUGGACACAUCAGACCAUAUUUAACAUCCAUCAUCUGUGCGCUACUUUUUACUUUUUUUUCUCUCUCUUCUUUAUAAACGCAAUCUUUUUUUUUUCUUCUUUUAUUUUCCUCUUUACUUUUUUUUUUUUUUCUUCUUUCGAUAAAUGAAUUCUAUUCAAUCUGUUUAUCAUUCAUCAUUUGAUCAUCCUUCGUUAGCCAAUGACGAAUGGAUCAAUCAUUAUCAACAAAAGGAACUUGAAAGGCUUCGUCAAGUUCAACAUCAAGCCGCCUUACAGCAACAAAGAGCUUUGAUGCAUCAACAAAUGCUCUAUUAUCAUCAUCAACAACAACAACAACAACAGCCACAGCCACAACAGCAACCUGCAUACAUUCAUGAUUAUUAUUAUUAUCCUCAACAACAUUACAUGUCUUCUCCCCCAUUUGGUUUGGAAGGGAGCCCAAACAUGGCAGAAAAAGCUCAAAAGAGAGCUGAACACAAUGCCAUUGAACGUCAACGACGUGAGGUUUUGAACACCAAAUUUCAACAACUUGCUCUUUCUUUACCCAACCUUCAGCAUGAUCGUCGUCCUUCAAAAGGAACGAUCAUUGAGCGUACACUUGAAUAUGUCAAACAAACUGUUCAAAAGGAACAGGAAUUUAAAUACCAAAUUGAUCAGCUACGUAAAGCCAACAGAACCUUAUUUUUACAAAUGGCGUCUUUAAGUGAUGACGAUCUUGAAGAUGACGAUGAGCAAAUCUCAAACACACCUGAAGGUGACUGUGACGAUACGUUUAGUUGCAAGUCCUCUAUUACUUCUUCACCUACUUUAUCUGAUUUACCCAUCUUGAUGACAACAGAUUUUCAAAAUAAUAAUCAUUUGAUCGUUUAA